AUGCGCGGAGGGUGGAGAUCGAGCAGCAGUGCACAUGUGCACUGCCAGGCCAGCAGCUCUGCCGCUGCGCGGGAGUCGAUGACUGCGCGGGACGAUGGCUGCGCGGGAGUUGAUGAGGCAGCCUCACGUGCCCCUGCCGCUGUACCACCGCCUCUUGCUGCCGACCCUCCUCCCCAAACCGUGACUUCACCCUUGGCCGCCACAGCUCCGGCUGCUAUCCCUGGUGACUCUGUAGCCGCUGCUGCUCCCGCUCCCACACCUGCACCUGCAGCAUCGGCCACUACUCGCGCUGCUGUACCUUCACCUAACCCUACAGGAGAGGUGGGCACGACAAGCCCGGGCAAGGAAGCAGCGGAGGGGGUGGAGCCCAAGCACGCGGAGAAGGAACGGUUCGAGUGGAGCAGGGCAUGGUAUGCGGUGGGGGUGGUUGCAAACAUGGAAGCCAGUCGCCCGCACGCGCUCACAGUGCUGGUCCGCCCCCUCGUGCUCUGGCGCGACGCCUCCCUCUCCUGGCGCUGCUUCCUCGACCAAUGCCCCCACCGCCUCGUGCCGCUCUCCGAGGACCGCAUAGACUCAUCCGGAAGGCUGGCGUGCUCAUACCACGGAUGGGCGUUUGCAGGCAGUGGCGCGUGCCACCUCAUCCCCCAGGUGCCGCAAGACAACCCGCCCCACCCGCCCCGCGCCCUCGCCUCCUCCCGCGCCUGCGCCACCGCCUUCCCCACCAGGGAGCUUCAUGGCAUUCUCUUUGUUUGGCCCGACAACGCCUCUGUGGAGCAGGCAGAGCGCACAGCCAUCCCCGAGCCCGAGGGCGUGGAGUGGGAUGCGUUUGACAUGAUUGUGAGGAUCUAG